AUGUCAAGUUGGAGUUCUGAUCAAGAAGUUGAUGAUAUGGUAGAGGAAGAAGUUGACAGUAUAGUGGAGGAAAUUCAGAACCAUUGGACUCAAUCGGAAGAUCCACAAUUACCAGUUUUCAGAAGAGUGCACAUUAAUAGAGACCGAGAAGGAGGCCACAAUCGGUUAUGGAAUGAUUAUUUUAGUGAGAAUCCCACUUACACUCAAGGUAUGUUUCGCCGUCGAUUUAGAAUGAACAAACCGUUAUUCUUGCGUAUUGUUAAUAGUAUUGAACAUGGGGUCCCUUACUUCAAACAAAGACGAGAUGCAACUGGAAGGCUCGGUCUUUCUGCACUUCAAAAAUGUACGGCAGCAAUUCGUAUGAUGGCAUACGGAAGUGCAGCAGAUAUGAUGGACGAAUAUCUACGACUUGCUGACACCACUGCGCACAAAUGCCUUGAAGAAUUUGUUAGCGGAGUUAUAAAUCUUUUCGGAGAAGAGUACCUCAGAAGGCCUACAGCGGAAGACCUCCAACGAUUACUGAAUAUUGGAGAAUAUCGUGGUUUUCCCGGAAUGAUAGGGAGCAUAGAUUGUAUGCAUUGGAAGUGGAAGAAUUGUCCGACGGCAUGGAAAGGACAGUAUUCACGUGGAUCUGGAAAACCGACAAUCGUACUAGAGGCUGUGGCAUCGCAAGAUUUAUGGAUUUGGCACGCUUUUUUCGGACCACCAGGUACAUUAAAUGAUAUCAAUGUUUUGGACCGCUCACCAGUGUUCGAUGAUAUACUAGAGGGUCGAGCUCCUAGAAUUACCUACGUUGUCAAUGGAUGGCAAUACAAAAUGGCGUACUAUCUCACUGACGGUAUCUAUCCAAAAUGGGCAACUUUCAUCCAAUCAAUUACACUUCCACAAGGUCAAAAAAACCAACUCUUUGCUAGAUAUCAAGAAGCAUGUCGAAAAGAUGUAGAGCGUGCAUUUGGAGUUUUGCAGGCUCGAUUUGCAAUCGUAAAGAAUCCCGCACUUUUUUUGGAUAAAGCAAAAAUAGGCAAGAUAAUGAGAGCUUGUAUAAUAUUGCAUAACAUGAUAGUGGAAGACGAACGACAUGAAUAUAGUUUCUACGAUCCAUCAGAGUUUUAUCAAGGAGAAGGAAGCGGAACUUCUCAUGUGGAUUUAUCAUAUUCAACAGAUAGGCCAACGAAUCUCCAUAAUAUAAUGACCAUGCGAAAUGACGUUCGGGAUCCAAAAAUGCAUGACCGCCUUCAAAAAGACUUGAUUGAACAUAUCUGGCAAAAAUUUGGUGCAACCCAACAAUAG